AUGUUUUUGUGUAGAAAAGGGCUAGCCUGCUUGAGAAGUUUGAAAUGCCCUAUCGCUUCGUCCUUGGUGUCCGUGUCCUCAAGAACGAUGCUCUUGACAAUAUCACUUCUGGCUUUGUCAAUCCUCAAGCCAAUUGGAGUGAAAUGCGCCCUUUAUGCAGACUCCUCGGCCCUUCCUCAGAAGCAAUACGACUAUAUUAUCGUUGGAGCUGGAAUUGGAGGAGGCGUGGUUGCCAGUCGAUUGUCCGAAAACCAUGAUACCAAUGUGUUACUCAUCGAGGCAGGAAACAGCGAUCAAGGUAUCGAGGCAAUCAAGGUCCCUUGGUUAGCAGAAACACUCACACCGAACACAAUCGUCGAUUGGAACUUUACAACCACUCCUCAGGCUGGAUUAGGAAAUAGGACAUUUUCAUACCCCCGAGGACGUGUUCUGGGAGGGUCGUCAUCUGUCAAUGGUAUGAUAUACACGCGAGGCUCAGUCGAUGACUACAAUAGGAUCGCAGCAGUUUCUGGAGAUUCCGGGUGGUCUUGGGAAGCUCUUCUUCCAUUCAUCAGGAAGGCAGAGAGAUUAGUUCCCUCGGCCGAUGGUCAUGACACCUCAGGACAGAUCGAGCCAUCGAUGCAUGGCACAUCAGGCCCCUUGGGUGUCAGUGUUCAGAACUGGCCCGUACCCAGUGAUCAGCGGGUGAUUCGUGCCUCGAAAGAAUCGCCAGAAUUCCCGUAUGUCGUGGAUUUCAAUGCUGGAAAACCACUUGGGCUUGGUUGGUCACAAUCGACCAUCAGUAAUGGCACCCGGGAUAGCUCGGCAACUGCCUACAUCCAUCCUUCUCUUGCGAAAUAUGAUAAUCUCGAUGUUUUGAUCAACACUCAUGUCACCCAGGUACUCCGGACUGGGGUUUCCGGCGGUGUGCCAGUGUUUCGCGGCGUCCAGUUUGCCCAGAAUGCCACGAGUGCUCUUCGUUCUGUGAUCGCUAGGAAGGAAGUGAUUCUCUCUGCUGGUAGCAUUGGAACCCCACAGAUUUUGAUGCUGUCCGGUAUUGGCCCAUCGGUCCAUCUGUCUUCGUUGGGCAUCGAUACAAAAGUCGACCUGUCUGAUGUAGGGAAAAAUCUUCAAGACCAUGCUGCCGAGCUCUCAGAUGUUUGGGUCACCAGUGCUUCGUUUUCAUGGGAUGAUAUACGUCGUAACGCCACACUAGCGGCCCAGACGUUGACAGAAUGGAGAGACUUCCGCAAAGGUCCAUAUACUGAUGGGUUUUACAGCCAAAUUGGGUGGUACCGUUUGCCUGAUAAUUCGACGAUUUUUCGAACACAGGAGGAUCCGUCCGCGGGUCCCAAUACACCUCAUAUCCAGCUUCAAAUAUAUGACUCCAACCUAGCUGCCGGUGACCCUUACCCAGAGGGGCGCUUCCUGACGAUGGCUAUGGCCCUCGUUACACCUGCAUCUCGUGGAACUGUGACCUUAACAUCAUCCGAUCCCUUCGCACACCCAUUGAUCAACCCUGGCUUUCUGACAUCGGAGUUCGACAUUUUCGUAAUUCGUGAGGCGGUCCGAGUGGGAAGGCGUUUUGCCUCUGCUGCUGCAUUCGACAGUUUCCUAUUGGAACCAGACGGUGCACUCGGUCAGGCACGUACGGAUGAAGAACUCGACGCGUAUGCACGCGCAAAUGUUGGGACAGCAUAUCAUCCCACGAGUACAGCAAGAAUGUCUGCGUGGAACGCGACGGAUGGGGUCGUGAAUCCAGAUCUUACUCUCAAGAAGGCCAAGGGAUUGCGAAUUGUAGAUGCUAGUGUACUGGUAAGCUGUUUGUCUGGUCCGGUCAGAGCAAUAAAUGCUAAAAGAAUUGUGUAUGCGCAGCCGUUCGUGCCGUCAGCGAACACGCAGGCUUCGGUGUAUGCUAUCGCUGAGCGUGCGGCAGCCAUCAUCAAGGGCGCUGGGUAG